AUGACGAACGACAUCUCCGAACAAUUAUCGCAGACUUUUGGCCCAACUUUGACACUGAUGAAACUGACUGGGCAAUUCGUUGGCGAAACCUCCUUCUCUGAGCUUCGGAACUUAAACCCGGGAAAGUCGGUAUAUCUUUCGCGUUUCUACAGCUUGCUUGUUGUGCUAAGCCUGUGGCUGUACGCCAUAUUCGGACUGGCAAGUCUUUUCUCUGAAGGUUUCACCUCCGUGGAUGUUUUCCUUUACUUGUUUACCAUAGCUACCUGGUCUGUGCAGUGUGCCUGCAACGUCACCAUUUUUUUGGCGCUGCUGCCUCAAGUGCAAAGCAAAAGCGGCUCUCGGUUUUCCCAAUUUAUUACUUCAUUUUCUACGACAACAACUGAUCUCAAAGGGUUGAGGCGAAAAUCACUGAAAGGUUUAGCUUUUGCAGGAAUGGUGUCUUUGGGAAAUUUUGCCUUCGCUCUACUAUGGUCAUUUUAUGUCAAUGGUGUAUUGUACAAAUACAAACCCUCGAAUGGGAACAUGGGAGUCCGGAUCAUCGAAAUUGGAGUUGGAAUAUAUACUUCUUUCGCCUGGAGUCUCCCCGUUCAGCUUUACUACACAACGUGCUUGGUCUUGGAAAGAAUGUUUGAAACGCUAAAGGACAAAGUCGCAUCCAGCCUCGAUACAGAUCAUCCAUUUACCCUUACCAGCUUACGUCACGAGUAUCUACGAUUGUGUAAGGUACUCGAGAUGGCUGACAAAGUGUUUUCACCAUUCCUGUUGGUAACGUUCGCAUUGGAUGUACCGUUAAUUUGCGUGAACCUGUACCAGGUCAUCAAGAUCACCAAGAAUUGGUCCAACGAGGAAAAUACGAUUUCGUUUUUUGCGCACAUGUUUUGGAGUGUUUGUUUAUCGAGCAUAGUUUCACUCUUAUGCUUGUUUGGAGGGCGAGUGAAUGAGAAGGUAAGAUCACGGGUGUAUAAAUGGCAGUUUAAGCAAACCUUUUCACUUACAGGCAGCUGUGGCAAAAACCUUUUUAAGCAAAUAUCGAUAAGCAAUGUUAGCUAAGAAAAGCAAUAGAGGUAUCUUUUCAAAAAUCUUGACCAAAGCGGCAAAUUUAACGACGAUAACAAGGGACUUAUAGAAAGAAACAAGGAAUUUCUCAGCAGCUGGUGAAGACGAUUUUGACAAAAGUAACAAAUAUAGCAAGGAAGCAAAAAGGCAAAAGAGAAAUCCCAUGUUUAUUGCAAGGAAGAUGAAACGCAAAGCCGACAAUGCUAAGAGGUCUCUCGCCAAGCCUCAAAUUUAGGAAGCAAGAUUAACCAGGAUCAAUUAGUCUGCAUCUGCAAAAAUUGUCAACAAAAUCGCUCAUUUAUGGAUGUUAGAUUCGUUUUUAAUUCGUUGCUUCCAAUUUUUUUCUAUGAAAAAAAAGUAGUGGCUAAAACAUCUUUUACGUCACGACCUAGCGAUCGUAACCAAUCUAACUUGUUCAGUUUAUCGUUGUCACCAGCGCGCAUUUCGUAGCCUUCGCUAUCUCGUAAUCCGAUUACGUAAUCUGAUCACGCGCGUUUUGGCUUUUCAAAAUCACGUGAAACUUACGGAACGCCCAACGUAUGGUUAUUAUCAAUUUAUCAAUUAAUUUACUCAUUUAUUUAUUCAGUUAGUUACUAGUUAACCAGUCAGUUAGUUUUAACUUAUACUGUCUACCAGUUUAACCAGUCUAAAAGUUUCUUCAUUAGUGUCCAGCCUCCAGACAGGUAACUCGGCUGGCCGACCUUGUCACACACCCGCGCUCUUACAAAGGAAAUGGUGGUGAUCGACAAAGGAAAUGGUGGUGAUCGAGCACGCCCUCGGCAACGCAUUUGAACGUACUAAUCAGUAUGGAAGGUCUAAAUCAUGAUUUAAAUCAAAUAACAUAUUAUUUGCAGGCUCACAGUUUCUACGAAACCUUACAAAUGCGCUACUUUCCUGCUCAGGACAUCAAAGAACACUCGGAAGUGAGUACAAUGACGACCUUUUGUUUUUCCUUUUUAAAAGAGAAAUACAGCCAAUACGCUUACAGAUCUACUUCUAACUUCCACUGACAGAGAUUAAGCGAGGUACAACUUUUACAUGAACGCUAGCCUGAGUUUCAUUUCCUCUCCCCCAAUGCUCAAACUGCGUUUGCGCACAACCUGCUAUAUAAUAAAUUGCCUUUAUUUUAUUUACGUGCGUAAAAUUUGAGUAUGUGGCCCGAAAUCCACCUUAAAAGAAGCUUUAUAAAUAAGGUUAGUCAUUUCUCCGAAUAUUUAUCAUAUCAUAUGAAAAGCUGCACUGACCUCAAUCUUGGCGAAAAUAUAAGCUUAUCUCCUUUCAUUUCCCAGAGUCUAGACUAUAUCUAUUGAACGGGUUUGGGUUUAUAUUUCUGAUGAUGUGAUAGCGAAAACCAGAAACUUACUCAAGCGAUCUUUUUAAAUCUGUUUUUCCUCAGUUGGUGCUGUUCCUUGCGCAUGUCCAGGGAGAGCCCAUUGGUUUAUCUGCAGGAGUAUUGUCGGUGGUCAACAAGUCGUUCUUCCUUACGGUUAGUUUAAUUUAGUUAACUGCCGUAUUUAUUUUUGCCCUGUAUUUUUUUUGCCCUUGACGGCUUUACUAACAAUCAAUCCAAAUCCUCCAAACAAAACUUCUAAUCAAAAUUUUCUUAUAAAAUCAAACUGUACCAAAAUGUAACUUUCGAUUGGACACAAAGGGAAAAAAAAUAGUAUGUCAUGUUCUCAGGGUCUAUUUUCUCCUAGUCUUCUCAGGAAGAGACUGUUGAUGGGUAGGAAAUAUUCACAGGAAAAAUCUUUGCACGCAUAAUUAAAUACAAGAUCGAGCAGUAUGGAGCGUACCGAAUUAACCCCCCUUCUGUGGGCAGGAACGCUAUUAAGGAGGACAUGAAUACAUCAACGCCGAUGUUGUCAUAGCUUUUUGUCUCUCUUAUGAAUUAAAAUGCAGGGGAAUCCCAUCAAGAUAAGGUCAUGUACGCGUUUAUAGCAGGUCUUAUACCUUAAAGGUAUUCCUGCAUGAAAAAGGGUUAACCGUCGGCGAGUCCUACACUACUGAAGCGAAUUAGAAAAUCUCCAAAGGGCACUUUACCCUCACCGGAAAGUUCCAGAAGCAUCUGUUUUUCGUUUCACUGAUUGGUCAGUUUUCAUUGAACUGGUUUUUCAAGGGAUUUAUGCAGAGGGCUGGGCGUCUCCUGCUGCUCUAGCUUGUAAAUCUUGUAGGAAGUUUUUGAGCAACAGGCGUCAGCCGGAAGUGAGCCUUUUUCUAUUUAUAUAAUAGAGACCUCUGGAUUCUAAGACGAGAACGACUACGAGUACGAGAUUUUCUCAAUAGUAAGUAGUGCUCGCGCGUGAGGCAGCGUCAAUUUGGCGGGAAAACAUGGUAGCCGCCGUCAUUCUACUAAGAGUUUUAGCGAGAGUGUCGUAGUGGCGGGAACAAGUUAUCAAAUGUUAGACGUUUUAGCAUUUUGCAAUCGGGAGAGGUCUUAACCUCCUUUAAUAACGAUAACAGUACUUACUUUUCUGGUGAAAAAAAGUACAAUGAUGAGUUCUGGGGUGUCUAUUUUUUGACAGUACGUGAAAAAACUUUAAAUCAAAUCUCGUACUCGUGGUCGUUCUCGUCCUCGAAUCUAAAGGUCUCUAAUUAUGCCUUGACACUAUCAACUUUGUAUGGCUUAGUGUCGACUUUACCCUUAUAUAUAGAGAAGAUUUGCCCAAGAAUUUGUUCAAAUAUCACGACCGAAGAGUUCAAAAAGUCCACUUCCGGAGUUCAUGAACGUCGUUGCUUUAUUACUCUCUAAUAUUGAACAUAUUUCCGCUUGACUUAAGACCUAGAACUAUGAAUCGCUGGAAAAGUAGGAUAAAAAUUUUAGGCAGAGGAGCGACCUUUAAUAAGUUCUGUAGAAACCUUAUAUAAUUGUUCACAUUUAUUAUUUUCUUGGUUUCAGCUUGUUGGAAUAAUCGCAUCGUAUUUUGCCGUGCUGUUAACUUUACCUUACUGA